AUGACUCCACUUCAUCACGCCGCGGGAAUUGGGCAUUCUGUCGUCGUGAGAUUGCUCCUUGACCGGAAAGCUGACCUACGUGCGAAAAAUCAUGAAGGCAAGACUCCGUUGCGGCUAUCUCAAGAUGACAUCGAGAAAGCCCAUACGGCGACCAGGGUUUUGUGUCAAAGAGAGGGGAUCAGCUUUGCCGAGGCUCAGAAGGGUCGUCGUUGGAAUGCAUUUUCUUCUGAUUUCUCUGUCGACAAGCGAGAUCGUGAAAAGGUUUACAGCAUGAAAGAAUUGGAGGUCAUGCUAGAUAUAGUGGCAGGAGUUCAUCCGCCUGGAAGCUCUGCGUUUCAUGCUCAUGACCUGCCCUUCUGA